AACCGAGGAGCACUUCCCACGUGUGACGCGUAGUUCAAAAUGGCUGCGCCCAUGCGACUUUGGUGGAAGUGUCUACAAGAUUUAAAACCGACGUCUGGCUGCAUAACACUUGGAAAUUAACAAACGGUGUUGAACUAGGAAAGGACGUUUUGUCCCAAGUGCAUCAAUCCCCCAACUUCAAAAUCUACACUUCGCACGUUUCCUCUCCAAGGUCAUCUGCCGAGCAAGCUGGGUGUCAAUAGAUAAGAUGUCAGAGAUAAACGAGGCCCUGAAUGAUAUGGAAAAUGUGAAACCUAAAUCUGCGAUCAUGAACGUACUUUUAACAAAAUUUGAACGGCUUCCAGAUACAGACAAGAAAUUAUUUGCAUACGGCCCCAUAUAUCUGGGAAUGAAUGGGGCGUUCAGUGGAUUGAUCGCCAACAGUUUUUUCCGUCGAGUGCUUAAAGUCAGUCAAGGCUGGAUCACGUCGAGUUUGCCAAUGGCCGUACUGCCUUUCCUAUCAACCGUAGCACUUUACCAAGCCACCAUAUCGCAGCCUCUGCUCUCCGGGAAUCUCGACUGUAAGGCCUGCGCGGAAGUUCGAGGUGCGCUCCUGGGUGUGGUCGUUGGCGGCCUCUACCCUGUUGCUUUAGCAUUGCCUGUGAAUGCUGGCCUGGCAUCAAGAUACAACACAACACCAAUGCCAGAGAAGGGAAAGGUUUUACAGUUCAUGGUCAAAAUCACCAAGCCCGUACUCAAGAAAAUGUCCUUUGUAGUCGUGCUUCAAGCCAUUUGCGGCUAUUACUUGAGCUCCCUGCAGUACAGAAUCUACAGGAAAGCAGUGGAACUACCUUCUUCCGACAGUGAAGAUCAAGAAGCUAUAGAUUAAAACAAAGUGGGCUAAUUUUUUAAUGUCAACAUUGAGUUUUUAUUUUUUAUUCUUUCAACUGUUGUUUUAAAAGAUGUUAUUAAAUGUAUGUGAGAUGCCAGCAUUAUGCUUGUUGGUUUGUGCCUAAUUUUCCAACCAUGAGCUCAGUCUGAGCUCCAUAGCCUAGACAUGCUAGUGAGAGGCUAGGCUGUGUCAUUUGCUCAUUGUGUCUGGGAGUCUGCAGAGGCGAGAUACAGUAGAUCUGGUCCCAACAGGUUUGUGGUGCAUUUUGGGUAGGUUUCUGCAUCCCCUGAUCACCAGUCGAUGUGAGACAUAUGUCCCCACCUCCAGUCAGUACCAGCUCUUCUCCGGUAAGUCUUGUGACUUGUAGUUUAGGAAGUUGCCAACUUGUGUACAUUUUCACAAAUGAGAAUAAUAAAUCAGAUGUUCAGGAGCAGAAAAUACA